UAUAUUGAAAUAUGUACAUACAAAUAUUAUUCGUAGCUCGUUCGCACACUCACGCGCUUGGAACUCAUGGAAAUAAUCAAAUAAAAUUUGCGAAUAAGAGAGCCGUUAGUCGUAGGAACGUUUUAUUUCAACGUAUCAUUCCCCAGCGCGAUAAGUUAUCAUUGCGCUAACACAAAACACUAUAUAGAGACGCGAUGUAUGUUCGCAACAGCAGCACUUUCCUUUCCGCAUUUCGCCGACGUACAUCGCAUUUCGUUGAAGACUAAAAGUUCAUGGCAUAAUGUAUAACGUACAGAAUAAAACUGUGAUGAUCACUGGAGCGGCUGUUGGAUUAGGCUACAAGUACGCCGAAAUACUGCUUCGCAAUGGUGCGAAGAGCAUCGCUGUGGUCGACUUGCCGACGUCGAGCGGCCGGACUGCGGCGGACACUUUGGAGAAGGAAUUCGGCAAGGGCCGCGCCGUCUUCUUCGCCUGCGACGUAACGAAGGCCGACGAGCUGAAGAAGACAUUCGAGAAGAUCGUCGACGCAUUCCACGGCCUUGAUAUUCUCAUCAACAACGCCGGUAUGUUGAACGACAAAUACUGGGAGCAGACGCUUGAGCUUAAUGUCAAGGCAUUAAUUUCCGGCUCUAUGCUGGCGCUCGAUUACAUGGGGGAGCAUAAGGACGGCAAGGGCGGAGUAAUCGUCAACAUCUCAUCCAUACUUGGAUUGGAGGCGGAUUCAAUUCUGCCGAUGUACUCGGCAUCGAAAUACGCCGUUCUGGGAUUCAGCCAAGCUCUGGCGUGUAUGCACGACAAAACCGGAGUGCGAGUUGUUAUCAUGUGUCCGGGCGUCACGCGUACAGCGUUGGUUGCAAACAUCCAAGAUAAGAUGAAUGAUUCGGUCCAAGCUGCGGUAGACUUCGACGGUUUGGCGAAAUAUCCGACGCAGACUACCGACCAUGUUGCACUUGCGAUGCUACAGCUCAUCCAGAAGGGCAAGAACGGAGCGACUUGGGUCGCCGAAGGUGGUCAACCGCCGUACGCUGUUGACUUUUCCCAUUAUUCCAAGCGAUCUCUGCCCGUAUAAAAGUUGACGCUUGACCUUUCAUCUCGCUUCAAUCUGCACGAUGGCUGUCAAGUCAAUGUGUAUGAAAUUGUAUCAAACUUUAAAAUAAAUAAUGGCAUUAUAACCGAA